AUGGCCUCUAAUGAUGAAGUUUUAUUAGUUUUUGCAGAAAACAUCAGUAUGAUUACUACAGUAAUAGGGGCAGCCUUUGCAUUGGGUUUUAUUGGAUGGAUUUAUCAAACACUUAUAAAGCCUCCACCUCCAAGAAUAUGUGGAUUAGCAAAUGGUCCUCCACUGACUUCCCCAAGAAUAAAGCUGAAUGAUGGAAGGCAUUUGGCCUAUAGAGAAUUAGGAGUUUCUAAGGAGGAAGCUCAAUACAAAAUCAUUCUUUGUCAUGGCCUUGAUAGCUGCAAAGAUAUGGACUUGCCUAUUUCUCAAGAACUUAUGGAGGAGCUUAAGUUGUACUUAGUAGUGUACGAUAGAGCUGGUUAUUGUGAGAGUGAUCCAAAUCCAACACGUUCAGUCAAGACAGAGGCAUUUGACAUUCAAGAAUUAGCUGACAAAUUGAAGCUUGGCACAAAAUUUUACGUUAUUGGAUGUUCAAUGGGAACAUACCCUAUUUGGGGUUGUCUCAAAUAUAUUCCACACAGACUCCUAGGAGCUUCCCUAGUUGUACCUAUUGUGAAUUUUUGGUGGCCUUCCCUUCCUUCAGCUUUGUCACAACAUUCAUUUGAGAAAUUUCCUGAAUCUUACAAACGAACGUUUCGGAUAGCACAUUACACACCUUGGUUGUUCUAUUGCUGGAUGACUCAAAAAUGGUUCAAAAUAUUGGGUAGACAAGGCAUGUUUCUUCAUUCUGAUUCAACCAUAUUAAACAGGUUACUCAAACGUCCAGAACAGAAAAAAGUAUUACAACAAGGUGAACAUGAAUCUCUACACAGAGACUUACUUUGUGCUUAUGGAAAAUGGGAGUUUGAUCCAAUGGAGUUGACAAAUCCAUUUCCUGAUAAUAAGGGUUCUGUUCAUAUGUGGCAAGGAAGUGAAGACCGUAUAGUUCCUAUUGAAUUGAAUCGUUUUAUAGCACAAAAGCUUCCAUGGAUUCAAUAUCAUGAGCUUCCUAAUUAUGGUCAUCUAUUAGUUCAUGAAGCUCAAAACUUUGAAGCCAUACUUAGGGCACUUCUCGAUAACUUCAUUCGAUGUUGA